AAAAAGUUGCUAAAAAAAGUUGCUUACCUUUUUUUUUUGGCAGAAAAAAGUUGCUUACUUAAACCCUCAUUCAGAUUCUACUCCUCGUCUGCCACAAAACCCUUUCUCAUCUUCCUCUGUGUUUGGCCGGAGACACCGAUCACCACCGUCUCUCUUCCGUUGAUUUCUCCGCUCAUAAUUCAGCUCUAUUACAAACACUCGAAUUUCCAGGAAAUUUGAUCAUGGUCUUUGCGUGGCGUUAAACUAUAUCAUUGAAUUACAUUAGUUUUUGUAAACUUGAGUAUUCUCAAUUCUAGUUCGGGUACGGUGUUACAACUUCAGGAUGAGUUUAAAGGUUAAACGUACAAAUUGGGUGGGGAAUAUUUACCAGAAGUUUGAAGCAGUGUGCCAUGAGGUGGAUGGUAUUGUAGGCCAGGAUGCUGUUAAAUAUCUUGAGAAUCGGGUCUAUAAUGUUGGAGACAGUAUGAAAAAGUUGUAUUCUGAAGUUGUAGAGCUACGAUCUUUUCCUGCCUUGUCCGGUCCCGCUCCUACAAAAUAUGAAGCUCAUUCAGUUGCUUUAAAAAAUAAUAUUGGCUUAUCGUUUAAGUCGGUUUGUAGUGUUGAAGAUAAAGAUAAAAAUAAAAAUGGGGUUGAGGAAAAUCCUGUAAAUAACUAUAUUGAUCUUGCCAAUGAUCAACUGGCUAGUCAUCCUGACAAACAUGAACUUGUAAAUCAAGUUAAUAGCGAAACUCACACGGAUUCGCUGGAGGUGGAAGAUUCUUUCAUAACUCGAAAAGAGGUUAUUGAUGACUCUAGAGAAACUUCUGUGGUUGAAAAAGAAGACUUGCAUGCAAGCAUUGAAGAGACUGCCAUCAAGUCUGCAUCUGAGCUAGAGAGUUUGUUAUCUGUUGAAGAGAAGGAACCCCUUGAAUUCUCAAUGCAUAGUCAAUCCUAUUAUGGUUCUUCUGAUAGUGCGUCUGGAAUUUCGGUGAGAAUUGAGGAUACUAACAAAGUAAAUGUUAAACAGGACCCAUUUUUGAUUUUUGAAGAAAAUAAUAUGAGUUUAUCUGCUGAAGUGUUGAAUUCCACGUCUGUUGGUGUAACAGAAUUAAGUAAAGCCUCUUUAUUCAACGAAUCAACUAAUGUUGAUAAGGGUGAAACUGAUAUACUAGCUGAAGUUUUACCUGUUGUAUCAUCUUCAUCAUGCAAAAGGCCUAAUAUCACAGAGACAAGAACUUCAGACUUCAAAUGUUCCUUAGUUUCUGACAGUCCAUAUUCAGAAUCUCACAAAUGCAGUUUAGGUUAUGUUGCUUCGUGUAUUUCAGAUAGUUCCGUAGCACAUGUAUGCUAUGUAUCCUCCCAAAUAGCUGGCCAGGUCAAGGAAUCCCAUGACGGAAUCAUUUCCUCUUGUCGUUGUCAACCAAUGGAAUCAAAUGAUGAAUCACGUUCUAUAGAAUCAAGCUUGGAAGAUAUUCAAUUGAAUAAUGAUACAAAGCUUGAAGAAAGCUGUGUAUUUGUGGCUGAUAGUGAACUCUAUGCAGUCUCAUACAGAAUCCAAAAGCUUAGAUCGUAUAAGAAAAGAAUCCAGGAUGCAUUUUGUUCGAAGAAGAGGUUAGCAAAGGAGUAUGAACAACUAGCAAUAUGGUAUGGAGACGCUGAAAUGGAGCCAAAUCAAGAUACACCACAAACUCACGCCCUAUUUAGUUCAAGAACAUAUGAGACCUCAAAGAAUUUGCAAGUACAGCAAGCUUCUGAAACAGAGUGGGAGCUAUUAUAAAUACAAUCAGGUGGCAUGUGUGUAAAUAAGGAACAAAUGCUACGGCUUUAUUUAUUUGCAAUUGUGCAUGUCAAAAGUGGCUGUGCUUGCUGAAAUUAUAUUGUCUACGUUUCCGUGAAUAACCUGCUAAAAUAGUAAACUAUUUGCUGUCGGAAUUAUUGACGGGACUUCUUAGAAAAGAUUCCCUUUCUUAAA